AUGUUGGUGAAAGUGUUCACUGUUCUCCUGUUACUCAAUCUCCUCUCAUUCAUGGUGACGUGCACCUCAAUUCACCAGCAUGGAUACUGUGCCUUUUAUAAAGACUGUGGGAGAAACCCGAAUGUGACUAACAGUUUGCUGCCGGCCAGAAUCCCUUGCGUGUACAACAGACCUGCCCCCAAGGUACUGGGCAAACACUUGGAGCAGCUGAAAACGAUCUGUCCAAUGCUCUACACCGGAGACCAAAGCACCUACGCGUGCUGUUCAAUGAAGCAGCUGAAGAUGCUGGACAAGAGCCUAUCGCUGUCCAAGCCCCUCUUAAGCCGCUGCCCCUCCUGUGUCGAGAACUUUAUAAACCUCUAUUGUCAGAACACUUGCAGCCUGAACCAGAGCCUCCACAUUAACGUCACCAGGACCUAUAACGCCAGCGUCUUGGGUGUAGCCACAGAGGCCGUGUUGGAGUACCAGUGCUACUACACCAGGCAGUUUGCCGACGGCACCUUCAACUCGUGCAGGAAUGUGCGCAUCCCCGCGACGGGGGGCUAUGCCAUCUCGCCCAUGUGCGGCAAGUACGGUUCCACGCUGUGCAACACCGAGCGCUGGCUCCGCUUCCAAGGCGACAGCAGCAACGGCCUGGCCCCGCUGGACAUCGACUUUGUCCUGACCGGCAACUCGACCGCCAGCCCCGGCGGCGGGAUCGUGCCGUACAACGGCACCUUCUGGGGGUGCGACCAGCCCACGGGCCCGAGCGGGCAGGCCUGCUCCUGCCUGGACUGCGUCGAGUCCUGCCCGGCCAUCCCAGCUCCCCCCCCGCCCCCGGGGCCCUGGCAGGUCGGCAAGCUGGACGGCGCCCUCGCCGUGUGCAUCGUCGCCUUCUGCUCGGCGGUGCUCCUGUUCGCCGCCUUCUUGGCCUGCCGCUGGCUCACGGCUCAGAGACGCCAGGCCGGUGCUGCCGGCGCCACCCAGCAAGGCGGCCCCAAGGUGGUCGCCUGGCCUCACAAGCUCAGCCGGGCCACGCAGAUGUCCCUGGCCAGGGGGUUCAGGGCCUGGGGCACCACUGUGGCCCGGUACCCCAUCGCCGUGAUCGGCAUCGCUUUCGUCGUGGUGGUGGUGCUGUCGGCCGGCCUAGUCUUCAUCACGCUCACCACCAACCCCGUGGAGCUGUGGUCGGCCCCCAACAGCCGCGCCCGCAGGGAGAAAGAUUUCCACGAUGCCAACUUCGGCCCUUUCUUCCGCACCAACCAGAUCAUCGUCACCGUGGAGAACCGCUCCAGUUACACCUACGAUUCUGUACUUUUUGGGCCAAACACCUUCAACGGCAUCUUCUCCAAGGAGAUCGUCCUGGAGCUCCUGGACUUUCAGACGCGGCUCCAGACUAUAAGCGUCUGGUCAGAAACGGCGCAGAGGAACAUCACCAUCAAGGAUAUUUGCUACGCUCCUCUCCAGCCCAACAACCCGCGCACUACAGACUGCGCCGUCAACAGCUUACUGCAGUACUUCCAGAACAACAGCACCAGGAUCAGGGCCACUGCAAAGCAGACCGUAACAGGCAAAACCGGGACUGUCGACUGGCGAGACCACUUUCUGUAUUGCGUCAACUCUCCUCUGUCUUUCAAAGACAACACAGCCUUGGGAAUGAGCUGCAUGGCGGACUAUGGAGCCCCCGUCUUCCCAUUCCUGGCAGUUGGUGGAUAUAAAGAUGAGGAUUUCACUGGUGCCGAGGCCUUCAUAAUAACAUUUUCUUUGAAUAACUUUGAAACUGAUAAUCCCAAAUACGAAUAUGUCUUGCUCUGGGAGCAAGAAUACUUAAGGAUCCUGCAGGAGUACAAGCAGAACAAGUCCAUUAACUUCAGCUUUGUCUACAUGUCUGAGCGAUCACUUGAAGAUGAGAUUAACAGAACCACAGCACAAGAUAUUCCAAUUUUUGCCAUCAGUUAUUUAGUUAUAUUCAUCUACAUUGCCUUGGCACUUGGAGAAUACACAAGUUGGAGGACCGUCAUGAUUGACUCAAAGGUCACCCUCGGACUGGGAGGGAUUCUGGUGGUGCUCGGUGCUGUCCUUUCGUCCAUGGGCUUUUACGCUUACGUUGGGGUGCCCUCUUCGCUCAUCAUUCUGGAGGUCGUUCCUUUCCUCGUGCUUGCGGUUGGGGCUGACAACAUCUUCAUUCUUGUGCUGCAGUAUCAGAGGGACGAGAGGCAAGCAGGGGAGCGGAGGGAGGAGCAGAUUGGCCGCGUGCUGGGGGACGUGGCUCCCAGCAUGCUCCUCUGCAGCAUCUCUGAGACCAUCUGUUUCUUCCUGGGUGCCCUCACCAAAAUGCCAGCAGUCCGCACCUUCGCACUCUACGCGGCACUGGCUGUGUUCUUUGAUUUCCUCCUCCAAAUGUCAGCGUUCGUGGCCCUGAUGUCUCUAGAUGCGCGGAGAAAGGAGGCGAACAGAUUCGAUAUCUGCUGCUGUGUGCACUCAAAGCGCAGGAAGAAAAAGAGAAAAAACGAGGGGAUUUUGCUGCCUUUUAUGAGGGAGUAUUAUGCCCCGUUUCUGCUGCACUCGGUCACCAGGAUAAUCGUGAUCAUCCUGUUUCUCUUCAUGCUGUGCGCUGGAAUAUUCUUAAUGCUCCAUGUCCGUGUGGGCCUUGAUCAGGAGCUCUCGCUGCCAGCGGACUCGUACAUGCUGAAGUACUUUGCUGCCCUGAACAAGUACUUUGAGGUGGGUGUUCCGAUAUACUUUGUCACCACCGCUGGAUAUAACUUCUCGACGGUCGAUGGGAUGAAUGGCAUCUGCUCCAGUGUGGGGUGCGACAAUAACUCCAUGACGCAGAAGAUCCAGUACGCCACUGAUUUCCCUCAAGAGUCUUACAUGGCCAUCCCUGCUUCCUCAUGGGUGGAUGAUUUUAUAGACUGGCUGAAUCCGAUAUCACGUUGCUGUCGGCUGUACAUCUUUGGACCCAACACUGGCAAAUUCUGCCCAGCCACCAAUACUCAGCUGACCUGUUUUAAGAGGUGCAUGCGAUCCAAUCAGAGUGGCAUCAUCAGGCCGACUGUGGAACAGUUCAAUAAAUAUCUGCCCAAUUUCCUGAACGACAUUCCAACGCUUCAGUGCUCCAAGGGAGGCUUGGGAGCUUAUGGAAACUCGGUGAAAAGAGGCGAGCAUGGUGAGAUUCUGGCCUCCAGGUUCAUGGCCUAUCACACACCUCUGAAAAACUCCCUGGAAUACACUGCAGCUCUGAAAAUAGCCCGUCAGCUCACCGACAACAUCACCGAGAGCAUGAGGAAAAUCCCUGGAACGGAUCCAAAUUUUGAAGUCUUCCCCUACACGAUCACGUAUGUAUACUAUGAACAGUAUCUGACUGUAGUGAACGAGGGGAUUUUUAAUAUUGGCCUAUGUCUGAUCCCAACGUUUGUGGUCUGCUGUAUCCUGCUGGGGAUGGACAUUCAUUCGGGCUUCCUGAACCUGAUCACAAUUGUCAUGAUCAUUGUGGACACGGUGGGUGUGAUGACAUUGUGGAGCAUCGACUUCAAUGCUGUGUCCCUCAUCAACCUGGUGACGGCCGUUGGCAUGUCUGUGGAAUUUGUCUCUCAUCUCACGCGGUCCUUUGCUGUCAGCACCAAGAGCAACAAAGCGGAACGGGCCAAGGAAGCCACCGCCACUAUGGGAAGCGCGGUCUUUGCAGGUGUCGCUAUGACGAAUCUUCCUGGAAUUAUUGUCUUGUACUUUGCUCAGUCACAACUCAUCCAGGUUUUCUUCUUCCGCCUCAAUCUGGUGAUCACCUUACUGGGUCUGGUUCAUGGCCUUGUCUUCCUGCCAGUGCUCCUCAGCUACUUUGGGCCAAGCGUCAACACCGUUGCCUUACUGCAGGAACGCCAAUUCAAAGAGCCACUGCCAGAGCAAACAUGCUCCAAUAGUUACUUUCAAAACUUCGGGUUUGAGGGACCUGCCGAAGAGAAGAAUGAGGGGUCAACGGCACAAUGCAACGGGACAGCCAAGACAGAGGAACAUACCGUCCCCAGGAGCAGCGAAGACACUUCAACAGAAGAAUUCGCCUCGGCGAAAAAUCACUUGGUGAAGGAUAGAACUGGAACCUAUCUUGACACUUUUAUAUUUAUUUGCAGAGUUACGCAUUAUAUGCAUAUACUGCUUAACCAAAUAACUGCAGUUUCAGUCUGUGUCUAUCAAAUGAAUCACCAGUUCAUGUCCACCACCUGCAUACAAUUAGAUGUAAUUAAUAGACGACUAAUGCCAGUCAGCAUUGGGGGAGAAGUUGGUUACACUAUCCUAGUGGUUAUAUUCUCCACCACCAGUAAAAGUGACCACAAGGCUGUUGGAAAAGCCUGA